CAAAUGUUUUCGAUGUGGUCGACCGCAGCAGCAGGUGGGACAGCGGCGGCGGCGACAACCAACCCGUUCCUGGCCGCGGUGGAGCUCCAUUUUCCAUUGCUCUUGCGGCAUGUCAUCAACCUGAAUCCUCCGCGCACGGACACCCCGCCAUCGUCCAUCAAGUUCCUCGUGUGUGUGCCACAAAGUCUAUCCCUUCUCACCAGCGACGUGACGCUCGCCGAUCUGUACUCGCACGUGCUGGUAGCCGACGCCGCAGUGGGCCAGUACCAAACUCUUGAUGGGACCUACGUGGCGAUUGCUGGCAGCUACCUCCUCACGAAACCUGGACUCGACAGCCAUCCCGGCCGCACUGUCCGUAUCGUCAUGACCGACGCGUACUCCCAUCCAGCCAUGACUCCUCCGGACGCGUACCAGUGCAUGAUCCUGCACAUCAAUCGACCACUCGUAGGCGGCGUGGCGGUCCCUGAAGACAUGGGAGAGAUGGACCGCGCCACGUUUCGCCGAUACAUUGCCAUGAUUCGCGCGUACCCGGAAUCGGCGCCCGUGUUUUCGUCGAUCGAUGUAUUUGUCCAAGACUUGUUAAGCUCUAGGAAACCCCCCCAACACUAUUUGACGCCCCGACGACUCCGCCAUGUAUGGACGACAUGCGUGAACCUCCUGGACGACAACGGCACAUUGGACACGGAUGCGGCGCUGCUCAUAGCAGCGCACUCCCAGCACCGCCAAAUUCAGCUCGCGCAGGCGGUCGAAUCGUAUUUGAUGGAGCAAGUCCAUGACGUGGCGUUUUCUGCUGUCGUGGCCAGGUGUCGCAGUAAAGACGAUGCGGUACACACUGCGUGGCGUCGCCUGGAAAUGGCUACGCCGCAGGACUUUAACAUUUCCCGUGAGUUUCAAUGCGAGCAACGCCAAGCCAUCGACUUGAUCGCCCACACCCACAUACAUUGCCAUACUCCUCUGGCCAUGCUCAUGCAGCUUAAGCGUGCACUGACCUGUCUAAAUGAAGCCAUCAGCCGCCACCUAGCGCGACAUCGGCGCGUUGCUGCGCCUCCCAAGCAGCAACUCUUGAGCACAGACGACGUGCUGGACCAGUUGCUGUAUAUACUCGUGCAAGUGUCUAAGCAACGCCCAGCUUUUCCACUCGCGGCUAUUAUCUCGUAUAUUGAAGACUACCACUUUGUCAACUCGUCCGUGUCAGCGUUGGGGUUUGCACUGGCAAAUUUCCAAGUGGCACUGGAGUGGUUUACUUCAUCUCACUCACCAAUCGCCCCAUUGGGCCGCGUGGCUAUGCCAGUCUCGAUUCAAGGCAAACAGAGUUACUUAGCUAGUUUCACUCGAGACGCUGCCACGUCAUCCAGUUGUUGCCACGUGUUGGGUUCAGCAGCUUCGUUUCACGACCAUCCGUUUCAUUUCCCACACACUAUACGGCAUGUAGCGUGCGGGGCUCGAUGGUUUGGGGUCGUCACAGACAACGGUCAUUUGUUUACGUGGGGCGAUGCAAGUGGAGGUCGUUUGGGAGUUGCAGAUCGAAACAACAUGCAAGUCCCAACCAGGGUCCCGCAACUAUCUCACGUGGUUCAAGUGUCUUGCGGCGGGUGGCACGUCUUGGCGUGUGAUUUGCACGGCCACGUGUAUUCUUGGGGCAUGAAUGCAAAUGGACAGCUGGGACACGCUGCGCCAUCUGACGACUCAAUAGCAACCCCCGUUUUAAUUGACGCGCUGUGUGGCGUGUAUAUUAGCGCUGUCGCAUGCGGUGCCGUCCACUCGCUGGCUGUGACAUCGUCUGGACAAGUGUAUUCGUGGGGAAGCAAUCGAUUCGAUCAACUUGGCCAGCGAGAUGUGGACGACACCGUGUCACAAGCCAUACCAAGGCGCAUUGAACAAGACUGGGGAGGUCGAAAUCGCCGAUUCGAGCGACGACAUGUUCCUUUGGAUGGUGGGGGGGGCCUCGAUACUAGACCUGGCGCAGCGAUGCAGGUGGCCGCCGGCACCAACCAUUCCAUGGUGAUUUCGCGAGACGGCGCGUUGUUUGUAUGGGGAUGUGGGCACACUGGUCAACUGGGUCUGGGGUCGUACAUGGAUGUGUCUGUUCCCACGCAGGUGAUGCAGCUCACCCAAAACGACGACGACGACCAAGAGCCGAUGGUUGUGACGGCUGUGGGUGGAGGCGCUGGCUACACGUGCGUAUUGCUCCAGUCUGGCCAAGUGCUCUACACUGGUCAGGUCCUCGUGCAUGCCGACGCUGCGCCGCCGCCGUCCACUGAGUUCCGCCCCCUUCCAAUCGCCCAAUCCGAUGAUGAUGCAUGGGUACCUGGCGUGGCGAUUGCAUGUGGUCCCACGCACUGCGCCAUUGUGGCUUCAACGGGCCGUGUUAUGAUGUGGGGCAGCAACAAUCAAGGCCAAAUCCUGCCUCACGAUGGAACUACCGAUGUCGUGCAUCCCCCCAUGUGGCUCCCACCACGCGUGUCCCUUGUCGCAUGUGGAGAAUCCCAUAGCAUUUUGGUGGUCCCGUCAUAACAUAUUAAGAAGAUCGCGUCGAUUGGUUGUAAAUUCGCUAAGAUGCAGUAAACGUUCACAA